AUGAGAGUGUCGGUUGCCGUCGGUGACGAACCAUCCGUAUCUUCUCUGCAUAUGAAGAGGAGCAGCAAGGGGGAGGUUGCGCGGGGAGGCGGCAGCAUGCCGUGGCGCGCCGUACAUCCUCGCCUUCCUUUUACCGUGGAUCUCGGAGGCUUCAGCGAGUGCUGCAAGACAUCAUGGCCCCAGAAGAACAAGCUGAAACGGCACGGCAGACGACGUGGCGGCGCUCCUGAGGCAGAUCCGCGCAUCUACGACGGACUGGUAGAAUUUGCAUCACCGAUCACGCAGCAGUCGAGCGGGGACACCAGCGAAGUCAGCAGCUCCCAUCCCGCUGCAGCGAUGAGGCUGCCCUUGAAGCAGGCUGAUGCGAAGGACUCGAAACCGUCGCCGGUCAAGCCAACCUCUCUUCAGAUGUUCUUCAGCAGUACACCACCAGGUGGCCCCACCGGUCCCAAAUCUGCAGAAAAAAACGGCGGCGCCGGCGGCGGCGGCGACAUCGCGCGAGCGGCGGUUGGCGCGGACCCCGCACGCGGCAAGGCCCUGCAGGUGAGCGAAUCGUACGCGAUCGGCGUGUGCCGCCGCAUCAAGAUGAGUAAUGGGCGUGACCCGGAUCGCCGCGCAGGCCGCCUCAACGUUGCGCGAGCAGGCUGCGUCAGACGAGAUGCAAUGCAGACGAGAGGCCAGGGCGGGGGAUGCGGCGCGGUGACGGCCGAGACAGGUUCUCACUAA